AUGAGUGAUGAUUUAGAUAGAAUUCUUGCAUUGGAAGAAUCAGCAUUGAAUAAGAAUAAAGAAAUUGAACGUAUUCUUCAAUGUUGUCAAUUUGAUUAUUUCAAUAUUUUAGAAAUAAAUCCAUUAAGUGUUGCAAAUAUUGAUGAACUUCCUUUAAUGAUUAAAAAAUUAUAUAGAAAGAAAUCAUUACUCAUUCAUCCUGAUAAAACAGAUAAUCCUAAUGCAUCUGAUGCAUUUGAUCGAUUGAAAAAGGCAGAAAGGAUUCUUUCUGCCAAUGAAAGUGAUGAUGAAUUAUGGAAAGAAAAGAAUCGAUUACUUGCAAUCUAUCAAGCAAGUUAUAAUAAACAAAAUCUUGAUAAAUCAUUAUCAUUUAAUGAUAUUCAGAAUCAAACGAUUAGAACAAAAGUUGAAGAAAUCUUACAAGAUGAAAUUAAUCAUGAAGAAUUACAACGAUUAGUUCAUCAAACAACAGAAACUCGUAAACAUGAACUACAAGAAAGAAUUAAACGAGAACGAGAAUUGAAAAAGAAAAUGGAAAAUCAAUGGGAAGAUGAACGUGAUAACAGAGUUAAGAAUUGGAGAGGUUAUGUAAAUAAAGUUGAAAAGAAGAAUAACAAUAAAAACAAGAAGAAGAAAGAUUCAACCACCAAAAAGAAGUCAAAAUUGAAUAUAUUGGCUUGA